AUGUUUCAAUCACUUCGAGUUUCUGCGCGUAUUCCCGCUCGUCUGAUACGAUGGAACUCUACUGCUGCUCCGGUUUUGCCGCCAUUGAUGGCUACCUUGCGGACUGAUUUGAAAACUGCCAUGAGAGCAAAGGACACCACAAGACUGAAUGUGCUUCGCGCUUUGAUUUCGGAGACCAACAAUGCCGCCAAAACCUCUUCCCCCAUUCAGACCGACGUUCAACUCCUGUCGCUCAUCCGGAAACGCUUGAAUGCGACCAAGGAUGCGGCCAAGGAGUUUGAAGCUGCUGAACGUCUCGACUUGAAGGAGAAGGAGGAUGCGCAAGCGGUCGUCCUGGAGGAAUACGCUGGUCAGGUCGAAACAGUGCCGAUUGCCGAGAUCACCGAGGUGAUUGUCAAUGAGAUCAACACAUUGAAAGCCGCCGGUCAAAAGCUGAACCCGGGUGUCCUCUUCAAGGCUCUUUUUGCUGAGAAUGGUCCCUUGACGGGUAAACCAGUCGAUCGCAAAGAGGUCGGUGCUGAGAUCACCAAGGCACUGAAGGAACUCUCUUGA